AUGAGUUUUAAAAAGUUUUGGGAUCGUUUCAUUGUACAAAGUUGUACACACUUGCUUGCUUGUCAUUUGAAAUUCUUCCUAGGCUAUGUUUACAAUUCAAUUGUUUUAAGCAACUACAUUUCUGCAUUUCAUCAACUUUCAUUAAUGCCAAUAAUCAAAAUGCAUCCUUCUGGAUUGCAAACUGUAACUCUUGAAAGAAGAAACAUUUUAAAUGUCGAAGCACGCUUUAUUCUUGUCUUCUGUUUUAACUAUGUUUGUUUUCCAUUGAUUGCACAAAUGAAAUUAUUUUGUAUCGUGAAGGCUGUGGUUGAUUGCGCUAACAUGGACGAUGGCAAAGUAAAAGUUGGCAAUCAGAUGUUUCCUUCACUGCACGAAAGUCAAAAAAUUUUGACACUUGAAUUUUUGGCAUCUCAAUGGUGCAACUGA